AGCUCUCUCCAGCUCCAGCUGGGCUGAAGAAGUCUUAGAGCUGCCACUACCAGGCUCAGGCAGUUGUCUCCCAGACCAUCCUGCACCAUGGCCAUGGAGGUAGACAGUGGGCCUGGGAGACUCCCCAGCAGUGGCUGCAACCUGGGCUCAGACCGAGAGCACAUGCAGGCAGUCACCCGAAACUAUAUCACCCAUCCCCGUGUCACUUACAGGACCGUAUGCAGCGUCAAUGGGCCCCUGGUGGUGCUGGACCAGGUCAAGUUUGCCCAGUAUGCUGAGAUUGUCAACUUCACCCUCCCUGACGGGACUCAGAGGAGUGGACAAGUGCUUGAGGUGGCUGGCACCAAGGCAAUUGUUCAGGUGUUUGAAGGGACAUCUGGGAUUGAUGCCCAGAAGACCACUUGUGAAUUCACAGGGGACAUCCUACGGACUCCAGUGUCAGAGGAUAUGCUGGGUCGGGUUUUCAAUGGCUCUGGAAAACCCAUUGAUAAGGGGCCAGCGGUCAUGGCAGAGGACUUUCUGGAUAUCAAUGGCCAGCCCAUCAACCCCCACACCCGCAUCUACCCCGAGGAGAUGAUUCAGACUGGCAUUUCUCCCAUCGAUGUCAUGAACAGCAUUGCCCGCGGUCAAAAGAUCCCCAUCUUCUCGGCAGCUGGGCUCCCCCACAAUGAGAUUGCUGCUCAGAUCUGUCGACAGGCGGGGCUGGUGAAAAAAUCCAAGGCUGUGCUGGAUUAUCAUGAUGACAACUUUGCUAUUGUCUUUGCAGCCAUGGGGGUGAACAUGGAGACAGCCAGGUUCUUUAAGUCUGAUUUUGAGCAGAACGGAACCAUGGGGAAUGUCUGCCUCUUCCUGAAUUUGGCCAACGACCCCACGAUUGAGCGGAUCAUCACUCCACGCCUGGCACUGACCACUGCUGAGUUCCUCGCCUACCAGUGUGAGAAGCACGUGCUGGUCAUACUGACUGACAUGAGUUCCUACGCAGAAGCCUUGCGGGAGGUCUCAGCUGCCAGAGAGGAGGUGCCUGGGCGCCGAGGCUUCCCUGGAUACAUGUACACAGACCUGGCCACCAUUUACGAGCGGGCAGGCCGAGUGGAGGGCCGGGGCGGGUCCAUCACGCAGAUCCCCAUCCUCACCAUGCCCAAUGACGAUAUCACCCACCCCAUCCCAGACCUGACGGGGUUCAUCACAGAGGGACAGAUCUACGUGGACAGACAGCUUCAUAACAGACAGGUCUAUCCCCCCAUCAACGUGCUCCCUUCCCUGUCGAGGCUGAUGAAGUCUGCCAUUGGGGAGGGCAUGACAAGAAAGGACCAUGGCGAUGUCUCCAACCAGCUGUACGCCUGCUACGCCAUCGGCAAGGACGUGCAGGCCAUGAAGGCAGUGGUGGGAGAGGAGGCGCUCACCUCUGAGGACCUCCUUUACCUGGAAUUCCUGCAGAAGUUCGAGAAGAACUUCAUCAACCAGGGCCCCUAUGAGAACCGCUCCGUGUUCGAGUCUCUGGACCUGGGCUGGAAGCUGCUGCGCAUCUUCCCCAAGGAGAUGCUGAAGCGCAUUCCGCAGAGCGUGAUCGACGAGUUUUACUCCCGCGAGGGGGCGCCACAGGACUCCGUGCCCGACACCGCACUCUAG